CGCGCGUGAUACUCUUUUCCAGAAAUGGGGAAGAGACCGCCGAUUCCACCAGAUAUCGAACGCGGACCACCACCACCACCAGCGCGACCACAGUUUCGCCCGCCUAUUCCCGUGCCAUGGGUUGCAUGGCUCGUGCCUCUCAUUUUAGCAGCCAACUUCAUCACAUUCGCUACCACCAUGUAUUUGAACGAUUGCCCCGCAAGAUCAGAUGAGUGUAUCUUGUUUGAUGUCCUUGGAAGGCUUUCGUUUCAACCUAUUAAAGAGAACAUGCUUCUCGGUCCUUCUAUUCCCACGCUGAGAAAACUCGGAGCUCUUGAAAGGAGACUUGUGGAGGAAGGUGAGAAAUGGCGUCUCAUAUCUUGCAUAUGGCUUCACGGUGGUUUCCUUCACUUGUUGGCUAACAUGAUCAGCUUAAUGUGUAUCGGAAUGCGCCUUGAACAAGAAUUUGGAUUCUUGAGAAUCGGAGCUUUGUAUGUGAUCUGCGGGCUUGGAGGAAGCUUGAUGUCUUGCUUAACAGAUUCCCAAGGAGAACGGGUAUCAGUUGGAGCAUCUGGUGCUUUGUUCGGAUUACUUGGUGCAAUGCUCUCAGAGCUUAUCACAAACUGGACAAUCUACGAAAAUAAGUGUACUGCGCUUAUGACAUUAAUCCUGAUCAUUGUACUGAAUCUAAGCGUCGGGUUCUUACCGCGUGUGGACAAUUCUGCUCAUUUUGGAGGAUUCCUAGCUGGUUUCUUCCUCGGGUUCGUCCUUCUUCUCCGUCCGCAGUACGGAUACGUGAACCCCAAAUACAUUCCCGCUGGUUAUGACAUGAAACACAAGAAAUCAAAACACAAGUGUUACCAACACAUUUUGAGGUUUACAUCUCUAGCCAUCCUUCUUGCGGGAUUCAUUGCGGCAUAUAGUAAGCUUCUCAGAGAACAUACCAUACAGAGCACGCCAAUCAGAGAUUUCAAUUAGGAGCUUGUAGCCAGCAGACCAG